CGAAGUGUCACGAUGCUGAAACUCGGGCAGCGCACCCGCUCCUCCGUGAAUCCCUGGAAAUCCUGCCUCAUUGGCAACUUGUUUCACAGAAAAGUGCGAAAAUGCAAGCACUCGCGGCGGUGCUUCAACACAAAAGCCGAGGAAGUGACUGUCGAGGCGGUUUUCUCCAACAAUCGAACGCUGAGCCUGACCACAGGGAAGUAUGCCAGGUUCGCCAAUGGUAGCGUUCUGGCUGAGAUGGGGGACACAGCUGUGAUGGUGACUGCGGUGGCGAAGCAGAAGCCCUCGAGUGGAGGCUUUGUGCCUCUCAUUGUGGACUACAGGCAGAAGUCAGCCGCUGCCGGACGCAUUCCCACGAACUUCCUGAGACGCGAGAUGGGACCAUCGGAGAAGGAGAUCCUUUCUGCCAGGCUGAUAGAUCGCUCGGUCAGGCCAUUAUUUUCGCCAAACUUUCGCUAUGAAACGCAAAUUGUCUGCAAUCUCCUAGCAGUCGAUCAUGUCAAUCUUCCGGACGUGUGUGCGGUGAAUGCCGCUUCAGCGGCGCUCAGUGUGAGUGAUAUCCCGUGGAACGGCCCAGUGGCGGCCGUGCGGAUGGGAUUGUGCGACAAUGAGAUCAUUGUGAAUCCCACAAGGCGGGAAUUGCAGGCAUCUUCCCUGGAUUUGGUGGUGUCAGCAACUAAACAGAACCUCGUGGUUAUGUUGGAGGGAAAGGGAGACAUCGUCCUACUCAAUGACAUCCAGAAGGCAAUUAAGCAGGGCACGAGGGAAGCGCAGCACGUGAUAAACUGCAUUGAAAAGCUUCAAAAGACUCACGGAAGACCGAAGCGAACGCUGGACUCGCCUCCAGAAGUGUCUGAUGAUAUUGUUCAGGCCAUCCGGCUAGCGUGUGAGAUCAAAUUGAGGGAGAUCUUCAGGGAUGAGACGCAUGACAAGAUUAGUAGGGACACAGCAGUGAAUGUGCUGCGAGAGAAUGUCUUGGAGAGCGUCAGGAGUGACUUUCCGGACGCUGAUGUCCAUCAGAUUGAGGGUACGUUUUCAAAGUACUGUCGCGAAGUGUUCAGGGAGCUGAUUUUUGAGAGGAAUCUACGUUGCGAUGGACGAGGAUUGGAUGAUUUGAGGAACAUCAGUUGCAAGAUUGAUCUUCAUAAGCCUCUUCACGGAUCUGCGCUCUUUCAGCGCGGCCAGACGCAGGUAUUCUGCACAGUGGCUCUGGAUUCACAGGAGAGUGCGAUGAAACUGGAUACGCUUGCAGCUCUGGAUUCCGGCUCUAAGGCGAAGAACUUCUUCCUGCACUAUGAAUUCCCGCCUUACGCCACUGGCGAGAUUGGACGCUUAGGGCCGAUUGGGCGCAGAGAAAUGGGCCAUGGAGCACUGGCGGAGAAAGGUCUGUUGCCAACGUUGCCCAGUGACUUCCCGUUCACGGUUCGUCUCACGUCCGAAGUGUUGGAGAGUAACGGAUCCAGUUCGAUGGCGAGCGUGUGCGGAGGAUCUCUGGCUCUGAUGGAUGCCGGUGUUCCGGUGAGUGCUCCAGCGGCAGGAGUGGCUAUUGGCCUGGUCACGAAAUAUCAGCAGGAUGACACGAAGCACCUGGAGGACUACAGACUGCUGACAGAUCUGCUGGGCAUCGAGGAUUAUAUGGGAGACAUGGAUAUGAAAGUGGCGGGAACGAGAAAAGGCGUAACUGCAGUUCAGGUGGAUCUUAAGAUUCCUGGAUUGCCACUGAAAGUCAUGAUGGAGGCGCUGCAGAAAGCGACAGAUGCCAAAGGGAAGAUCCUGGACAUCAUGAAGCUGACACUUUCUGAGGCGAGACGUGUGAAGAAGGACAGCUGGCCUGUAAGCGACAAGAUCACUAUUGAGCCUCAUCAGAGAAGCAAACUUAUCGGCCCUGGAGGCGUGAACAUCCGGAAGAUUUACUUGCAAACUGGAGCCCAACUCUCGGCAGAGACAGAGACAAGUUUCACCCUAUUCGCACCUUCACUGGCAGCGAUGGAUGAGGCUCGGGAAGUUAUUGAAGAAUUUCUGAAAGCGGAUAAAGUGCCAGAUUUGGAGUUUGGCGGAAUUUACACUGCCAAAAUUGUGGAUGUUAAGGAUAUUGGGGUGAUGGUGACUCUGUAUCCCUCAAUGCCACCUGCACUGCUUCACAACUCACAGCUGGACCAGCGAAAGAUUGCUCAUCCAUCAGUUUUGGGCUUGGAAGUUGGCCAGGAGAUUCAAGUGAAGUACUUCGGGCGAGAUCCCGUGUCGGGAUACAUGAGGUUGUCACGAAAGGUGCUCCAAGGACCCAGUACGACUGUGAGGAAUCUGGACAGGAGUGAGCAGUCGGAUGUAUAGUGUGAAAAGCAGAGAAUAAAGGCAGGAAGCAUGUUUAA